CCAAUGAGGUGAAGGGAGAGGAGGGGUCCCCGCGGGGCAGCGACUGAGACGCGGGUGCUGAGCCGGGAGGUGGCACUGGUCAAGGCGUGCGGCGGCCAGCGAUGAAGCCGCCUAUUUCAAUACAAGCAAGUGAGUUUGACUCCUCAGAUGAAGAGCCUAUUGAAGAUGAACAGACUCCAAUUCAGAUAUCAUGGCUACCUCUGUCACAAGUGAAUUGUUCUCAGUUUCUUGGUUUAUGUGCUCUGCCAGGUUGUAAAUUUAAAGAUGUUAGAAGAAAUAUUCAAAAAGAUACAGAAGAACUAAAGAGCUAUGGUAUACAAGACAUAUUUGUUUUCUGCACCAGAGGGGAACUGUCAAAAUAUAGAGUCCCAAACCUCCUGGACCUCUACCAGCAGUAUGGAAUUACAACUCAUCACCAUCCAAUCCCAGAUGGAGGGACUCCUGACAUAGCCAGCUGCUGUGAUAUAAUGGAGGAGCUUGCAAUCUGUCUCAAGAAUAACCGAAAAACCUUAAUACACUGUUAUGGAGGACUUGGGAGAUCUUGUCUUGUAGCUGCUUGUCUCCUUCUAUACCUAUCUGACACUGUGUCACCUCAGCAAGCCAUAGACAGCCUGAGAGAUGUAAGAGGAUCUGGGGCAAUACAGACCAUAAAAGAUCUACCAUUGCAGUUUUUUUCCCCCCAUUCAGUUCUAGGAAUGGAUCAUCUCACUUGGAAUAAUGAUAGUUACUAUAAAUUUGGUUAAAAACUAAAGAUCCUAUUAUAUCAUCAAAACAUUGAACAAAGAUUAAUAGUUUAAAAAAUGUAAAUCAGUACUAAUUGUUUUUAGCCAUGGACCUCUUCUACAUUUACCCUGCCCUUAAUACUUCAAAAACAUUGCAGUAGCAAUGCUAAGGAUAUUAUAUAUUAAUCAUGAUACCAAAAAGAGUCUGUGAUUUCACUUUAUUUGUAGAACUAUGAUGCUAAUUUUGCCUUCUUUUCCCAAGUACCCUGUCUCAGCUCUAGGACUAGAAGGGGGGUGCGAAAGAAUCCUGGCCAUUAAAGCAGCUUCCUGGGCUUGAAAGUCCAUCUUCCCAGGGCUGGGAUGGGUAUAACCUAGUAUCAUAUAUGGUGAAUUACUGUAAUUAUUGAUAAAUUCACCAAGCAACUUGAUUCUCAAGGAUUAAAUAAGGUCAUUCACAAAACAAUCUAUACAAGGUCUGCUUCACAGUAUACAUUCUGAAAAGAGAAUUCCCCUUAUUUUAAAAUCAAGUGUUUCAAAUUCAGGAAGUUCAACUCUCUUUGAAACAAAAUAUAUGGGCUGAUAUAUGAAUGAAUAUGCCUGUCUUCCAUAUUUAAUACUGGAAAGAAUGAAGCCCACACUAUUAUGAGCUGUCAAUUCAUCACCUGGGCAUUCUGUGGCAAACUAGUUUUAACCACCUUUGUGCCAAUGUAAGUUGGCAGCACAUGGUUUCAGUGUCUCAGGAAUGCAUACCAUUGACUUAAGACUGAAGCAGGAGGAUAACAGCCUAGGCAACUUUGUGAGACCCUGUCUCAAAAUUAAAAAACAGAAAGGGCUGGAGAUGUAGCUCAGUGGUAGUGCACCCUCAAUUCCCAGUACACACACACACACACAAAAGGAAUAAUAUGAAAUGAUUGGCAGCUUGGCAGAGUGAAAAUACCCUUUGGGAAACUAUUUAAACAUCAAAUAAAUUUUAAAAAUCUUUUAUUUUGCUUAUCUGUGUGAUUAGUGAUGUUUGGUUUUAAAAAAUAUUCUCUAAGAAUUGUUUCAGGUAGAAUGUAUCAUCACAAAAAGCAAGAGACAGAGGCUUCAAUAACUCAAGAUUUUCUUGAAUAUGCCAUUAUUAUUUUUUAUUUUUUAGUUAUAGGUGGUAAAAAUAUCUUUAUUUUAAUGUGAUGUUGAGGAUGGAAUCCAGUGCCUCAUGUGUAGUAGGCAAGCACUCUACGUCUGAGCCACAACCCCAUUCCUGAAUAUGCCAUUAUUAAUUGCUAUAGAAAGUGCCUUCUCCUUCCUUAUUUCACAGGGAAAAAGCAUUAGCAAAUAUUUACUGCUUUUAAUUUUACUUAGUUCUGCCAAUAUAGAGAGAAAGGAUUCUAUAAACUUAUAAAACAUUCAUCCAAAUUUCAUGCUUUCAGAUUUUGAGAUAAACUUCCCCAAGUUACAAAUGUUUUCUUAGCCAAAAAGAUAUAGAAUUGCUCUUAGCAGUUGUUUUUUGAUUCAUUCCUCAUUCCUGCUAGUAUUGUGUAUACUUUGGUAACUAGUUUUCUACAAUGUAU